AAUAUCUCUUCCUCUGAUUCGUUUCUCAUUGCCUUAACAGUACAAGAACAAGAAGAAGCUCUUCCUGCUUCUGCUUUCAGCUUCGAAAACAUGGAGUUCAAAAGAGACAAUACUGUCAGAUUCUACGGAGAAGAGAAACAAACCGUAGAAGCAACAACAGAGAAGCGUCAGCCAUUGCCAAUGUUCAAACCACCAACAACUCAAUUUCUAAAACCAGAGUUAGGAAUCCCAACAAAGAAGAGUCACAAAACCCGUCUCUUCAAACUCCCAAGAUUCGGUGGAUUCAAAGUGUUUCCCGAGAACUUCGAGAUCGAGAGAGACAAGAUUCUUGAUCCUGGUGGCGACGUAGUGCUUCAAUGGAACAGAGUUUUCCUCUUCUGGUGUCUCGUUGCUCUUUACGUCGACCCUUUGUUCUUCUUCCUGUCUUCGGUCAAAAACACCGGUCGGUCCUCGUGUAUGACCACAGAUUUGAAGCUCGGAAUCGUAGUUACUUUCUUCAGAACAUUAGCGGAUCUCUUCUAUGUCUUGCACAUUUUCAUCAAGUUCAGAACAGCUUAUGUCUCUCGUACUUCAAGAGUGUUUGGUCGUGGAGAGCUUGUGAAAGAUCCAAAGUUGAUCGCUAGAAGAUACUUGAGAUCAGAUUUCAUCGUUGAUCUCAUCGCUUGUUUGCCUCUUCCUCAGAUUGUUAGUUGGUUUAUCUUGCCAUCAAUCAGAAGCUCUCACUCAGAUCAUACAACAAAUGCACUUGUCCUCAUUGUUCUAGUUCAAUACAUUCCUAGGCUUUAUCUUAUUUUCCCUCUAAGCGCUGAUAUUAUCAAAGCGACCGGAGUUGUUACAACCACCGCUUGGGCCGGUGCUGCUUACAACCUUCUUCAGUAUAUGCUCGCUAGUCAUAUUCUUGGUGCGGCGUGGUAUCUACUGUCGAUAGAGCGGCAAGCAACGUGUUGGAAAGCAGAAUGUCAUAACGAACUAGUUCCAAUACGAUGUGUUGCAGAUUUCUUCGAUUGUGGUGCAGUGAACCGAGAGGAUAGGAAAAACUGGCAGAAUGUAACUGUGGUCUUCAGCAACUGUGAUCCUUCAAAUAACAUACGGUUCACUUUCGGCAUUUUCGCGGAUGCUCUCACUAAAAAUGUAGUCUCGUCUCCCUUCUUGGAGAAAUAUUUGUAUUGCUUAUGGUUUGGCCUGCAGAAUCUAAGUUCUUACGGACAGAAUCUUGAUACAAGCACCUCUGUUCUUGAGACCAUGUUUGCUAUCCUCGUGGCUAUCUUUGGUCUGGUUUUGUUUGCUCUUUUAAUCGGAAACAUGCAGACGUAUUUGCAAUCGAUCACUGUGAGGCUAGAGGAAUGGAGACUGAAGAGAAGAGACACAGAAGAAUGGAUGGGACAUCGUCAGCUACCUCAGAACCUGAGAGAAAGAGUUAGACGUUUCGUUCAGUACAAAUGGUUAGCUACUAGAGGAGUUGAUGAAGAGACCAUUCUUCAUUCAUUACCUGCAGAUCUUCGAAGAGACAUCCAAAGACAUCUCUGUCUCGACCUUGUUCGUCGUGUACCGCUAUUUGCACAAAUGGAUGAUCAGUUACUAGACGCGAUAUGCGAACGUUUAGUGUCAUCUCUAAGUACGCAAGGGAACUACAUUGUACGGGAAGGUGAUCCAGUGACGGAAAUGCUCUUCAUCAUCCGCGGAAAGCUCGAAAGCUCGACGACCAACGGAGGCAGAACAGGAUUCUUCAACUCAAUCACGCUCAAACCAGGAGAGUUUUGCGGAGAAGAGCUUCUUGCAUGGGCACUACUCCCAAAAUCAAAAGUAAACCUACCUUCCUCGACGAGAACGGUGCGAGCUCUAGAAGAAGUCGAAGCCUUCGCAUUACAAGCAGAGGAUCUCAAGUUUGUGGCUAACCAGUUUAGACGUUUACAUAGCAAGAAGCUGCAGCACACGUUCCGUUACUACUCUCACCAGUGGAGAACAUGGGCUGCUUGCUUCGUACAGGUGGCUUGGAGACGGUAUAAGAGGAGAAUGUUGGCCAAGAGUCUUAGCUUGGCUGAGUCGUACUCUUCUUACGAAGAAGAAGAAGCUCUUGCGGCUGCUGCCGCCGAGGAGAUAAUGAGUCAGCAAGAAGAGAGACAGUGCAGUACUCCGUCGUCGCGUCAUCACACUUCUAUUGGGAAACCGCAUUUCGCUGCGACGGUGCUUGCUUCGAGGUUUGCUAAGAACACGAGGAGGGCUUCUCGUAAGAUGAAGGAUGUGGAAGUACCGAUGCUUCCUAAACCGGAAGAACCGGAUUUCUCUGUGGAUGCAGAUUAACUGUUUUUUUGAUAUUAAUCUCUCUUUUUUUUUUAAGUUAAGAAAAAUCAGUUUGUUAAGAGAAAGAAAAAACUUUGCUGCUUGAAAUUAAUUAUAAAAAAUGUUCAGCA